AUGAAUCGGCUCUUGAUUACAUAAACAGGUGAAUAAUUAAGAAAUGAAAUGAAGUAAUAAGUUUACUCAGAACGAACUGGUAAACAAGUUAUCAAAAAGGAGAAGCGACUUCCAGAACUUGUUCGUUAACCAACCAAUUUGUUUAUUGAUACUGAAAGAGAUAAUAUAUUGUAUCAAAAAACUUUGUCUGAAGUCGCCCUUUCCAAUCUCAAUAGAGUAGCCAGUCUGAGUUUGUUGGGUCAGAAAAGCAAAAAUAAAUUGGAAACUCACAUAAGGGAAGAGUUGAAUCUCCCUCAUAAUUUUUAGUAUUUAAAUUAGAAUCUUGACAAGCAGGUCAACAAGAUUCUCUCAGAUAAGGAUUUGAAAACCAAGAGAAAAAGACAUCUUUUGACAGAGUUGAAACGAAUCGAAAAAAAAAGAACAACUUCCCAUAAUGAAGAUGUCUCACUCUUCUCCUCAUGCAUUGAAGAGUACGACAAAAAUCAAAAGAUGACUGCCAUUAUCAAUGCAGAAGGCAAAUUGGCCCAAUUGACACGGAGAUAUAAGUAAAAAGAAUUGAAUGAUUAAAAAUUAAAGUUGAAUCUAAAUAUAAGUCUAGAGAAAAUGUAAGAGCAUAAACAUAUGUUAAUUGAUGCUAUUAAUCCUCUAAGUCCAACAUAGAUGAAAAUAAACUCUUAGAGGUAAUUCGAUGACAUGUUCUAUGACAAUUCAGAAGAAAGAUUCCAUAAUCGAUUACAAGAGAAACAUGUGAAAUCUAUUUGCUAGGUCUGGAAUCAGUAUCAAUUUCCUAAAUAAACAAAGCGUUGGACAUAAUUCAUUGAAAAUGCAAAAUCAUAAAAAAAAUAGUGA